GGGGGGUGGAGGGAUGGACCUGGGACGCCAAGGGAGGCUGCGGCCCAGGAGGGCCGCGCCCGCACGGCGCCGCGCGGGCGCCCUGCGGCCAUGCCGGCGGCGGCGGGGCCCUACGGCAGGUGGGUGUCGCAGGGGCCCGCGGUGCACGAGUCGGGGCCGCAGCCGCCGCCGCUGGAGGCCGUCCGGCUGCGGCUCUUCUGCGUGCCGCCGGCGGGCAUGGGCGGGCAGGCCUACCACGGCUGGACCAGGCGCCUGCCAGAGGGCGUGGAGGUGAUGCCGCUGGAGCUCCCCGCCAGGGGGCUCCGCAUGGGCGAGGAGGUGCCCUACGCCUCGUCGCUGGCGGAGCUCGCGCGCGGGGUCCUCGACGGCGUCGGCCUCGCCGUGUUCGCCGCCAGGCCCUUCGUGCUCUUCGGCCACUCGUUCGGCGCGUGGGUGGCGUACGAGAUGCUCAGGGAGCUGGCCCGGCGCGCGGAGCACGGGUGGCCCCUGCCGCUCAAGCUCUACGUCUCGGCCUGCCGGCCGCCGCACCUCUCCGACGUCCGGCACGACCCGGACGCCCUGAACCCUGCCAUCGGCUCCCUCGGUGAGGCGGACUUCUGGGAGGCGUUCGAGGCGCGGUACGGCUGCAACCCCGACCUGGCGUCGCCGCUCAUCAAGGGGAUGGUGCGCAAGCUCCUCCAGGCCGACUUUGGCCUGCUGGAGUCGUACGUCCCGAGCAGCCUGGAGCCGCUGGAGGUUCCGCUCUGCGCUCUGUGCGCCGAGGGCGACAACAGGCGCCGGAGAGCGGGAGCCGCCCCCGGGCUCGGGAGGUGCCGCCCGGAGCAGCUGUCGCAGUGGGCGAGCCUCGCCCCGCCAGGCGGCUUCCAGGAGCGUUGGUUUGAGGGCAUGGUCAAACCAGGCUGGUGGGCCACGCAGCACCGGUAUGUUGUGGACAACCCCGUGCCGCUGAACCGUUUUUUGCACGCGGACCUGCCGCUGGUCGGCCGCCCGCCGCCCGAGCCCGGGUACGCCGGGAGCGAGGGCCCGCUGCCGCGCACGGGCGAACCGCCGCUCGACGCCCCGGGCCCGCCGCCCGCCGCCCCCCGCGAGCCUGGCUGGUGCGCCGUGGCCUGACCCGCGGGCGGGGCUGCGCCAGGCUUGCCCGGCGGAGGCCCGGGAGGCGCCCGCUCGAAGGCCGUGGGCGGGCCAGCGCCCGCUGCACUCGCAGCGUGAAGGCGGCCCGGUGCGACUACCUCGAGCUUGCUUUCCCGUCGGUGUGGGUCAGGGGCUGCGGCCCGCAGGCCAGGGGGAGUCCAGCAGCGACGGCAUGCUCUUGGCGCGUCGGGGUCGCCUCGUUUGGAGGGGACACUGCGGACUGCGCCGGGCGCACGGGGCCCGACCCCUCCGCCGCCCCCGCGGGCUGCCGUGCCGAGGGGAGGUGAACGCGUGCGUCCAUACACUCGUUCGCGCGAGGCCCGGUGAGCAAGCAGUGGUGCAGCCAGGGCUUCGUCCUGCCGAGCGGAAAAGGAUCGCCGCCGGCCUCCCCCCCUCCCCCUCAGGUUCCCCUCUGGCUCCCCCAUGCCUCCCCUGCCGAGCGGCUUGGGAGGCAUGGUGCCUGCCGUGCGCUGAUUUCUUUAUCUCAGCGGCAGGUGGCGUGGAUGCCUUCCUCCCUCUGCU